CACUGAAUUAAUGUUACGUUUUGAGACUUUUAUUUUGAAAACGGUGUCCAUCUUUUAACUUUUGGUUGCGUUUACUGUAGUAGCAAGUACAGAUCACUUGUACGUUAAAUUUGUCGAAACAUGGCUUUCCAGUGUCAGAGGGACUGUUAUAUGCAAGAGUUCGACACAUGUGUCGUGUCUUGCGUGCCUGCAGAAUUAACCCUAGAGAAUAAUGGAAAGAAAGAAAAGCUGAAGGGCUUUAAUCUGAAACUGAAAGACACGAUUCUGUUUCCGGAGGGCGGAGGACAGCCUGAUGAUCAUGGGACGGUUGGAGGUGUCCCUGUCCUGCGUGUGUUGAGACAGGGUCCAGAGGCGGUGCAUUUCAUCAGCUCUGCUCUGGAGGAGGGUCAGGAGGUGCACAUCAAACUGGACUGGGAGCGGCGCUUUGACCACAUGCAGCAGCAUUCGGGUCAACACUUGAUCACAGCUUUGGCUGAUACAAUGUUUGGAUACAAAACUACCUCUUGGGAUUUAGGACGUCAGCGUAGCAGCAUAGAGCUGGACACAGCCACAGUGAAGCCUGGAGAGAUGGAGGCUUUGGAGGUGGCUGUGAAUGAGAAGAUUCGUGCACACAUUCCAGUAGCUGUCAAUCUCCUGUCCAUUGAUGAUCCUGCUGUGGAGAAGGUGAGAAGCCGUGGUCUUCCUGAUGACCACGCCGGUCCCAUCAGGAUCGUUGACAUUGAGGGUGUAGAUGCUAACAUGUGCUGUGGGACUCAUGUGUCCAACCUCAGUCACCUUCAGGUUAUCAAAAUUUUGGGGACUGAAAAAGGGAAGAAGAAUAAAACCAACCUGAUCUUCAUAGCUGGCAACAGAGUGCUGAAAUAUGCUGAAAAGAGUUACAGCAUUGAAAAAUCACUGACCGGCCUUCUCAAGACAGGGGCAGAUGAGCAUGUUGAUGCCGUGGACAAGCUACAGAAGACGGUCAAACGUCUUCAGAAGAGUAAUCUAAUUAUCCUGAGGGAAAUGGCUGUUCUGAUAGCGCAGAACUUCAAAAACAAACCAGACAGAGGAAACUUCUUCAGCUUACACAAUAAAGAUGGUGAUAAUGAGUUCAUGAACAUUAUUGCGAAUGAAAUUGGAUUUCAGGACACAGUGAUCUUUCUGACCGUGGGCGAGGAGAAGGGUGCGGGACUGUUCCUGCUCGCAGGGCCUGAGAAUAUCGUCACUGAAGUGGGACCUCGGGUGUCAGAGCUGCUGCAGGGUAAAGGAGCAGGAAAGGCUGGACAUUACCAGGGUAAAGCCAAUAGUUUGGUAAAGAGAGCAGAAGCUGAGGCUUUACUGAAGGAGCACAGCUGCAAACUCACCGCAGGAGAGGAAUAAAAAGGACGGCAGACAUACACUGAUAUUCAGCUGCUGUCAUGAUCAUCCAGACUCUGUUUACACCAAACACAUGCAUCAUGUUGCGACACAUCAAAACUAGAUUUUUUUGUUGCAGUCAAUGAAACAGUCUACGUCGCAACACAUCAUGAUGCACCUUCAGUUGAUAGAGGCUCCAUUUCUGUUUUUGAUCCAAUUCAUAACUAUUUUUCCUGGUCUUCAAAAAAAAAAUAAUAAUAAUAACAAUAACAUUUUUUUUUCUUUUUUUUCAUUUUGUUGUUUUAUUAGUUAUACUGUGUAUUAAACUUCUGACUUGUUGCAUCAAAGCCAGCUUGUGAUGUUUUGGACGUUCACAUUUAAUUAAUUUUACUAGUAAUAAUUUGAAGAGUACCAAUGUGUAAUUUGAAGAGUACCAACUCAGGGUUAUAUGAAUGAGUUGUUUGAUGAUUGUCUUAGUUUGAUCCAAAUUAAAUGACUCCAUGGCCUGUGAAGUUGAAAUUGUUUUAAUAUUUUAUUUUUUGCUUUGUUCAUUUGAAGUAAUCCUUCAGAAAUCACCAUAAUGCACAUAAUUCAUUGGAAAAAACAAAAAUACUCAAUUAAAUGCAUAAGAAUAAGAAACUAGCAGCAGUUCUAGUAAGACAUCUUAUAUAUAAACAUAUAUGUAUGUAUGUAAUAUGCUGCCUUGAAUCAUUGGGCUGUGUGUUGUCUUUUUAUGUCUUUUUUUGUCAAAGUAGAACAGUUCACCUGAAAUUGAAGGUUAUGUCAUCAUUUGCUCAACCUCAUGUAAUUCCAAAAUCAUGACUUAAUUUAUUUUGUUGAACAAAAUAGAUAUAUAUAAAAAGAGAUAUUUUGCAGAACAUUCAAGCCACUCGUUUCCAUACAGUUAAAUUUGGCAGGUUUUUGGCUCUCUCCAUGUCAUGUGCUAUAAUCCAAGUCUUUGGAUGUGUAUGUGUGUUGAACAGAACCAAAUUUAAUGAUGAAAAUGUUUAUUUGUGGGUGAACUGUUCCAUUUCAAAUCACAGAACAGGCCUGGAAAAUCAGUGCGUACAUACUGUACAUUUAGAGCAGUAGUUUUGUUUUAUUGGGCCAGUGAUCACCAGACAUAAAGCUGAUGGAAGACUGUAUUGUAUGAUUUACUCAUGCCCUACUGUACCACAGAGCUUGUGCUAAUAAACAAUCUUCCAGUUGA